AAUCAACAAACGACAGGCCGGAGCAAAACUCCAGAGCUCUGUGCUGGAAGCGGCUGUUGUGCUCUUCAGUUGCCAAACAGACGCCGUUGCCGACGCAGUGCUCGCAGAGUCGUUCAGCGAGCGAAGUUCGUUUCCUCAGUCUUUCGAAUUUCACUUUUAACCGUUUGCGAGCGCGCCAAGUUGAAGCGUAGCCGAGCCGUACCGUUAGCGCGGCACGUUACGAACACCAACCUAGCAUGACACCGCUCAAUUGGGCCGCUUAACGCUUUCAUUCAACCCACAAGUGGUCUGGACUCGAAACCCAUUCGAACAUAAACCAAGAACUAGAACACAACGCAUCGCAUCGUAUCGCACUACUGGCCUCCUCCUCCUCCUUUCAAAAAGGGGAAGCAAGGCCGCCACCCUCCCGCUUGCCAGCAUAAUUUCUCUCGAAAAACCGCAUUCACACAUUUCCCCCACCACAACCGCAACCGAAUAACACGAAUAAUGAAUUAUCAGAAGGCCAGUGAAAAGCAGUCGCCGUCCUCAUUGAAGAAGCGGCCGCCGGGCAGCGGCAAUAGCAUACAAAACUUUUGGAACGAUCGCAUUAUGGAGCGCUUCAUAAAGGCGAAUCUAUUCAUUAUCUGCUGCGUGGUGGCGGUUCUACUGCUGAUCGUCUAUCUGGGCGCCUUCUCGUGUGAGGUCUCGUGGAUACUGGAGGCCCACGGCGAACUGCCCUUUGCCGCCUACACGCUCUGCUCGCUCUACUUUGUCAUGUUCGUGGCCACCACGAUCCUCAUCCAUGGCCUGGUCAGCGGACUCUGCUGGCCAUUGUUCGCGUGGUCGGGCAUCAUUGGUCUCCUCUCGAUUCCCGAGCUGGUCUUUGUCAUGAUCAUGACCACACAGCACUGGGGACUGCAAUCUGUGCACGGACUGACGGAGCUCACCUCUUAUCUGAUUCGCCUCAUCAUCAACUGCUUCGCUCUGAUCUGUGUGAUUCCCACGGGCAUCAGGUGGCGAAGGGAGACCCAGGUGCUGAGUCAGCUCCAGGGAUUGGCAACCAGGCUCUCACUGCAAACACCAGCGCCCAGUGUACCCAUGACCAAGGCGGACUCCCGACGCUCCAGCCAGCGACUAAGUGGAUUCGAGAAUGCCGGCUACCAGCUGUGCGAUGAAACAGCUUCUAAGUUGCCACUGGGACCAGGAUUGGGAUUGGGCAUGAACAACCAGUGUGGGGGCAGUCAAGCAUUUGGCUCGCAGAACGAAUUCAAUGCCAGCAUGUUUGCGCCCGCUUUGGCGCAGCAGUUCAACAAUGCCACACUGAUGCAGCGCGGCGGAGCAGGUGGAGCAAGUGGUGGUCAUCGCGCCCAGUCCUUGAUGGAUCUGCGCUGCACUCUACCCGGAAUGUACAAUCCACGACAUGUGCUCGAUACGGAGGACAAAAACGCCAAGUACUUCAACAUCACCAUCGACGAUUUGAAGAACAAUCUGCAGGAUUCACACAGGCCAUCGCCACCUUCGCUGAUCGGUUCCACCAGCAACGAUCCCAUAUAUUGCUCCAUUGAACCCAAGCAGUUGACACCGCCGCCAGCACAGCAGAGGAACCACCAUCGUCCACGCGGCACACACAAACAGCCACCACAGGGUAAACUCUCGCGGAAUUGCGUCUCCCUGGAAAACCUAGACGGGAUCAGCAAGGUGCAGAACGAUCUGACCGCCUACGGCAACAAUCUCCUCCAGAACUACACGCAGCAGCAGCAGUACUACCUGGCCAUGCUGCUGCACCAGCAACAGCAGCAGCAGCAGUUGCACCACCCACAGCCAGGCGGCAUUUACCGCAGGCCAUCCAAUUGCAGUUCCACUGGCGGAUUCGCCGGCACCGUUCUAGCCCAACCGAUGCAGCGACGUGGCUCCACGCACAGCCAGCAGAUGCAGUAUUAUGGAGGUUUUGGCUAUGCCAACUACGCCAAUCCGUAUAUCACGGCCAAUAGCAAGUUGUCGCUGGGCAACGAAUCCGACGACUACCGGAAGUACCGCGAUGUGGCACUUUGAGUCCGUUUUUGGUUCCGGAUCCCAAUCGAUCAUCAGUCAGCGUUUAGGUUAAGCUCACUAGUUGUAGGACAUGCUCGAUCUAGAAUGAGAUUCCUCGGAAUAACGACCAAAGAGCCACAAACUAACUCAGUUUCAGUUCGUAGACUAACGUUACACUGGGAGAAUCGUAUAGCGCGUUUAUACGCAAGUCAAUUUGUAGCUACAAUGGGUCUGCAUUCAGUUGUUAUUUGCUUAAUCAACAAUAACACUACCCAUUUGCAAAUAAAAGUGUACUUAAUAAGAGACUCCAUGGGGAUAUAAUUUUAUUUGCAAAUAAAAAUGAGAAAUAUCUGGCCUUCUCACAAAUAGAAAUAGAUAUUUCCAAAACAAACAAACAUCAAAGAGCAAAGAGAAGUGGAAGCUAGUAAGAGAGGCACUGCCUUAAUGUUCGCAUCUUGGUUACAACGAAUCCCCAAGUCUAGUUAUAAGAAUCGACGACAAAUGGACAUUGACAUUCAUUGUUUAUUAUACAUAGUUAAUAGGAAUACGGAUAACAAUACUCUGAUCGACAGUCUAACCAUCCACAGAUCAAAAACUGUACAUACUUGUAAUAAAAGGCGUAACUGUUAUUACUUGAAA